AACUUAGGAACGCGGACCUCUUUGAAACGAGAAGCACCACGUCUACGUAUAAAAGGAGAUGCUCGACGAACCACAGCUCAUUGGUCCCCAAUAGAACAAGGUUGGUACGAAGAAAGCAAAGGCCACCUCAGAAGUAGAAGAAGAGAAAAAGCAUGAGCCGGAGAACUCAAGCAAUCGGGAGCAUCCAAGUGAUAAGCAACGAUAAUACCAAAGAGUCAUUCCAUAAUCAAGAUGAAGAUUGCAGCAAAGCCUUGAAGGAAGAAGAAUUGACCAGUGUAAACGAGGGGCUCAGACUCAUGGGUUCUUUUUGCUCGAUGGGUCCUGGCUCUAUGCCAUGGAGCGAUGGGAAUGGAUGCAACCUGGUCGUUGUGUUGGGUCUCGCUAUGUUGAUCCUAUCUUGUCAGGUGGCGAGUGCAUCUCCAUUGAACGAAGAUUAUGGGCGCUCUCUUUCUCCUUCCGAGCGUGGCUUCAUGUUGGGUAAGCGAAUGAAGCAUCCGCCCGGAGCCAUUGUGGAUCGGGUGAUUUCCCUCCCAGAUCAAUUGAACAACUUGGAUGACCUUUUCGCCAAUGCUGACCUGGAUCUUGAAGCGGCGGAAGCCAUGGAACUGAUGGCCGAUCUGGCCAGGGCUGACCAGGUGGCUCGCGAGGCUCGUCAGGAGUACUUGCAGCUAGUGGACGACCUUCGAUACCAACGCAAUGAAUACGAGCAAGGUGGGCAUCCUGAUGUGCUCAGAAUGCUUGAGAGUUUAGGUGGGAAGAAAGAGCGAUUGGUGAGGCUCACUCGAGGAAAAUAAUCACUGUCAUCUCUUCAACACGACAACCACGGAACAAACGGAUCCAAGAAAAUUCAUUAUCUUACCAGGAAUAACCAACCAAAAGCAAAGAGUACAUACCGUAUAACCAAGAUGGAGAUUUUUCUUCGCUUGUUGAUGUGAAUGUGACCCUCAUCCCGCCAAAUCAAUUGCAAACUAUUACAAACAUGAAGAGCUAGUCCUGAUUUUCUUCUUUACGGAUUUUCUUAUGCCAAGUCCAUCUCUGUAAAUGUAUUUAUUGCACAUACGUUUGUACGCUUGUGUAAUCAGCUUCAAUCCUCCAUUCAGACCAAUCAUUCACACCCCAUUUGGCUCUUGUGUUCCAUUGAUGUUCUUGCUCCUCCGUUUUGUACAUUCAUUCCAAGAAUCUUUUUGUUGCUAUGUCAUGUGGAAACAAAUAAAUUCACCAUGUUUGACAAAAAGAAACCAAACAA